UGCGGUGCUCUCAGCAGUUCCCCUUCCUGGAGCCGGACGUUCCGCUCCUGCUGGCCAGAACUUAUCACCCACCCGCAGCACCCUGCAUAUGCCAUUCAGGAUGCCGGAGCUCAUCUCUGUCCAAGACUUCAUCUCUCAGACUCUGGAGGAUCUGAGCUCCCCAACCACCUCCUCCUUCACCAGCCACAUGGGCAAGUGCCGAGGCACCGUCUGCAGCCUGGAUGAGGCCUUGGAUUCUGAUCGAGUUGUAUUGCAAAAAAUGAGGAAAGCCACCAAAGCAGAGCAUGCUUCUGGACAAGAUCUUGCUAGCCACAUAGAAGCUCAUAUUGCAGCCCAGGAAAAAUUUUCUGCAAACUACCAGAGUGAUGGUGAUGAGCAACUGGCCGGUGCCUUCCUCACCUUUGCCGAGUUCUCCCAGGAGCUGCUGGCCCCAGUCAAGGGUCUGUUGCAGAGCUUGUCUCACAACAUUAACUUUUCCCUGGACUCGCUGGUAAAGAGAGACUUAAAAGAGCUCAAAGGGGACUUCAAAAAGCCUUUUGACAAAGCCUGGAAAGACUAUGAGAAUAAACUCACAAAGAUUGAGAAGGAGAAGCGGGAGCUGGCGAAGCAGCACGGGCUGGUGCGGAGCGAGGUGGUGGGAGGGGAGAUCGCAGAGGAGAUGGAGAAGGAGCGCAGGAUGUUCCAGUUAAACAUGUGUGAGUAUCUGAUCAAAGUGAAUGAGAUUCAAACCAAGAAAGGAGUGGACUUGCUGCAGAACCACAUCAAGCAUUGCAAUGCUCAGUUCAAUUUUUUUCAGGAAUGUUUAAGGGCAACCGAGACACUUAAGCAGUUUAUAGAGAAGCUCACCCCUGAGCUACAGAGCAUGAAGGUCAGGCAGGACGAGGAGAAACAGCAGCUGUGCUCCCUCCGAGAUCACCUGAAAACAGCAUUACAACUGGAGCAGAAAGAGGACUCUGCUAACAAGCAGCUACGGUACAACAUGCACCAGCUGCAGGGGAACAAGCAGUAUGGGACCGAGAAAUCAGGGAACCUCUUUAAGAAAAGUGAUGGGCUGAGGAAGGUCUGGCAGAAGAGGAAGUGCACGAUCCAGAAUGGCUACCUGACCAUCUUUCACAGCACGCUAAACCGCCCACCAGCCAAGCUGAAUUUGUUGACUUGCCAAGUGAAGCCGAACCCAGAUGAUAGGAAGUGCUUCGACCUCAUUUCACAUAACCGCACAUACCACUUCCUGGCGGAGGACGAGCAGGAAUGCACCGCCUGGAUUUCUGUUCUUAGCAACAGUAAGGAGGAGGCUCUGAACGUGGCAUUCAGCCGGGUGCAUGGCAGUCGAGAGAGCAGCAUGGAGGGGCUGACCAGGGCCAUCAUCGAGGAAAUCAAGUGCAUGCCAGGGAACAGUGUGUGCUGCGACUGCUCAGCACCAGACCCAGCCUGGCUCUCCAUUAACCUGGGCAUCCUGAUCUGCAUCGAGUGCUCCGGGAUUCACCGGGAGAUGGGCGUGCACCACUCCCGCAUCCAGUCGCUGUCUCUGGACAAGCUUGCAACUUCCGAGCUCUUGCUGGCUAAGAACAUUGGCAAUUCUGGCUUUAACGACAUUCUGGAAGCCAACCUCCCCAGCCCUUUGCUGAAGCCCACAGCUGGCAGUGAUAUGGCCCUUCGGAAAGAUUUCAUCAUCUCCAAAUAUGUCGAGAGGAAAUACGCCAAGAGGAGCUCUAGGAACCCAGCUGCCCAGCGCCAGGAGCUACAGGAAGCCAUCAGGUGGAAGGACUUAUUUGUAUUGCUCCAGGCCUAUGCCGAAAAGGUGGAUUUAAGUGACCUUGUUCUGGAGCCUGUGCAGGAACCCGGGGAAACUGUUCUCCACCUGGCAGUGCUGUUAGCUGACCGAACCUCUCUACACAUUGUAGAUUUUCUGGUGCAGAACAGUGGGAGCCUUGUGAAGCAGACAGUGAAGGGAAACACGCCGCUUCAUUACUGCUGCCUCCACAAUAAACCCGAGUGCCUCAAGCUCUUUGUGAGAGCCAAAGCCAGCAUCGCCAUCACCAAUGAAGCUGAAGAGACAGCCCUGGAUGUGGCCAGGCGCAUGAGACACUCCUUGUGUGAAGAACUGCUGCUGCAGGCUCAAAACAAUCAGUUCAACAUGCGUGUUCACGUGGAAUAUGAGUGGCGGCUGGGCCAGGAUGACAUGUAUGAGAGCGACGAUGAUCUGGAUGAGAAGUUGGGCUCCCCGAAGGAACGCAUUCUCCGCCCUCAGAGCUGCUACCAUUCACCUGCCACUGCCUCCCAGCCAGGGGGAAAUGCAGCAGGGCUUUCAAAGGGUGCAAUUCCAGUCCCCCAGGGGAAAUUGCAUGACAUCUAUGCACACUCUCACUCCCACAUACCAGCAGCCCCUGCCUCUGCUCUGUGUGUGCCACCUCUUCCACCACGCAGUGUAAUCCGAGCUCCCAACCUGCCCCCGCCCGCUCCUCCUGCCAACCAACUGGCCAGUGCUGUGGACCCUACAGUCAGGAGGAUCCUGUCGCUACCUCUGAGCAUCAAGCACAAACGAACCUCAUCAGACCCUGUGCCCUGGGUGCUGCUCAGCCCCACGCAGCCCAACCACAGCAGCCUAGCUCCAGAUUCUGGAUCCUCCUCACCUUCCAAAGGCCAUUCUGCAGCAGAAGCCCCUCCCAGGAGACUGAGCACCGGAUCCCGCCAGGGCACCAGCCACUUCACCACCAAGGACACGACACAGCCUGCUGCCCUGGGGACAGUGGAGACAUUCUGUGAGGCCGGCCACAGCAAAGGAAGAAGCCGCGGGCUGCCGUGGCCCUCGCAAGACCCAGGUGGAGGCCCUGGCCCAGCAGAGGACGUGCCGCCCCCAAUCCCAAGGAGGUGCGGCCUGAGUAAACGGCGCCUCUUCCGGGUCCGAGCCCUGUACGACUGUCAGGCUGACCGGGAGGAUGAGCUGACCUUCCGUGUAGGAGAGAUCAUCAUUGUGGCUGAAGAGGAGGACAGCAAUUGGUGGAGCGGCUGGAUUGAAGGGCAGCCCCACAGGAAAGGCGUCUUUCCAGCAUCAUUUGUUCAUGUGCUGAGUGAAUAGAACCUGGAUGGCUGACAGAGGAACAAACAUCUCCGCUGAUCGAAGUGCAGAUCUCCCAGACUCCCUGUUUUCAGCAGGCUUCCUGCAGAGAACACAUUGGCGAGCUUGUGUGUCUCAUCUCUUGUACCUUGUCACUCUCACUUUCAGGCCUGCAGUAUGUGGUUCGGCCCACGGGGCCCAGAGCGGGGCUUGGAGGGAUCAAGUCUUUGCCCGUCUCUUGAGUUGCAAUCAAGUAUCCUAUCGGGUGUCUUUGAGUCCUGCUUUCAGCUCCAGCUGUUCAGCGUGCAGCCUCCCACACAGCAGUGUGGCACUCACUCCUGCAUGGUGCUGGCUGGGAGUGGCCAAAGCUGGGAGAAUGCCAGUUUAGGGACAUCAGAGUUUGGGGCCUGUUUUAACAUGGGAUAACUGACUGCUGACUAACUGGAUAGUCAGUGCCACUCUAGACACGCCACAGAUGUCUGUUCCACACUCAGCCCUAGUGUCCAGAUUAACAUCCACUCUCCUCCCAAUUAACGUGAGUUAACUCAGGUUCCAACAGGUCCCAAGCCCCAUUCCAGUCAAACCCUUCCACUAUCCCAGCCAAGGAGCUGCCCAAAACAGGCUCCCUUCCACUCUCCCAUUUGAACCAGGCAUUCACCUGAGCAGCCAUUUUGACACCCAAACCAUAGAAACUGCACCAGCUCCUGUCUGUGCUGGCAACAAUUCACAGUGUUUUUCUGCUCCAGUGCUACUACUAGUGGGAGCUGGGAGUAUAGCUAAGGCUGAGGCAUUUUUCCCAGCCCCAUUCAUAGCCCUCUUUCCACUAAAGCUGCCACCAAGGGAAUCACCGGCAGAGCUGUGCUGGGACCAAAAAACACCAAUCAGUGUUCCCAGUGGACAGGGGCAUGUGACAGGAGAGAGCUCAUAGACUUUAAGACCAGAAGGGACCA